AUCCGUUUCCGUGUUGCCGUUGGAAAACGUUCAGCCAGCGGACACCGUGGGAGCAGAGAAGACUAGAAACAUUUCAGAAUAUUUUGUCGCCUUAAACAGUCAGCGGUUUAUUUUUUAUCAAUGUCGUUUGGUGUUGCGGACGAAAACAACGACAAUUAAGUAAUAACGAAGAAACGCUUUGGGCCGCUAUAUAACAGCUGAAUAAAGUGAAAGAUUUCCCCCCCCCCCGGCAUGUCUCUGCCCAAGCGUGAGGUUGAUGAGCUGAGGCCAUGGGUGGAACGCACAGUAAAGAAGGUCCUUGGUUUUUCUGAACCCACUGUGGUCACAGCAGCAUUGCACUGUGUAGGAAAAGGCCUGGACAAAAGAAAAACCACAGACCAGCUAAGGCCCUUUCUUGAUGAUUCAGCAAGCAGCUUUGUUGAGCGUCUGUUUGAAGCCCUUGAGGAAAGCAAAAACAGGCGUGGCAAUAAAGGAGCUGGAGAGAAGAACCGCAAAAGAGAGCUUAAGGUAUACUGGGGCAACAUUCAACUGCAAAACAGGCCUAGAUUGAUUCCCUCUCAGACAGACUCUAGUGCUCAACAUCCCAUCCUUCCAGCAGUGGGUGCGACCCAGUCCAUCGCUCCCUCCCAGGCUGCUAACUUCAUGAAUGAUGCUAUAGAGAAAGCCCGCAAGGCAGCUGAGCUGCAGGCCAAGAUCCAGUCCACACUGGCUAUGAAACCCGGAAUUCUGGGUGCUUUGGGAAACACAGGGCCACAUAACCUGGUAGCCCUGGCUAACCUGCAUGCCAUGGGCAUAGCACCACCUAAAGUGGAACCACGCGAGGUCACAAAGCCAACACCCCUCAUUUUGGAUGAGCUUGGACGAACUGUUGAUGCCAGUGGGAAAGAAGUUGAGCUCACACAUCGUAUGCCCACUCUAAAAGCCAACAUCAGAGCAGUGAAGAGGGAACAGUUUCGGCAGCAGUUAAAGGAAAAGCCCAGUGAUGACCUGGAAUCCACGUCUUACUUUGACCCACGUGUGGCUAUCAUUCCUGCUCAGAGAGCCAAGAGAGGGUUUAGAUUCCAUGAACAGGGACGCUUUGAGAAGAUCGCCCAGCGCAUACGCACAAAGGCUCAGUUGGAGAAACUACAGAUGGAGAUUUCUCAGGCUGCCAAAAAGACAGGCAUACAGGCCUCCACUAAACUGGCUCUUAUUGCCCCCAAGAAGGAGUUGGGAGAGGGGGAGAUUCCUCACAUAGAGUGGUGGGACUCCUUCAUUCUGCCUUCCCAAAUAGAACUAUUUGCACAUACAAAUUUUGAUGAGGUGGAGAUGCAUGGAGUCACCAACCUAGUUGAACACCCAAUUCAGAUGGCCCCACCAGUGGAUAUAGACAAGCCAGUGACUCUGGGUGUGUAUUUGACCAAGAAGGAACAGAAGAAGCUAAGGAGACAAACACGCAGAGAAGCCCAGAAAGAGUUACAGGAAAAGGUCCGAUUGGGGCUUAUGCCUCCACCUGAACCUAAAGUGCGGAUCUCUAAUCUGAUGAGGGUCUUGGGGACGGAAGCUGUGCAGGACCCCACUAAAGUGGAGGCUCAUGUUAGAGCACAAAUGGCAAAGAGGCAGAAAAUCAGAAAUCUGCACAACCCAGCCAAGAAGUUUAAGGUGGAGGCCAAUUUUAUCUGCUUUGCCUUCAGAAUCAGAAAUCUGCACAACCCAGCCAAGAAGUUUAAGGUGGAGGCCAAUGCAAACCAACUGUACCUCACUGGCACCGUGGUACUUCACAAAGACGUCAACAUCAUAGUAGUGGAGGGAGGCCCCAAAGCACAGAAGAAAUUUAAACGACUGAUGUUGAAUAGAAUCAAAUGGGAUGAACUGAAUUCCAAGAGAGAUGAGCCUCAAGAUUCAGGUGAUGAGGGUUCCAGGAAGAAUAAUAAAUGCACAUUGGUUUGGGAGGGUACAGCCAAGGAACGUAGCUACGGGGAGGUUAAGUUUAAACAGUGUCCAACAGAAAGUAUGGCUAGGGAACAUUUUAAGAAGCAUGGCACUGAGCACUACUGGGACUUGGCUCUGAGUCAGAGUGUUCUGGAGACAACUGACGAUUGAGAUACAGACAGUACUCAACAGAAACAGUGGAGCCUGUGGCAUGUGCACAUUGCACGCAUGUUUUUUCUUUUUUCUUCAGUUUUUUUUUUUUUUUUUGAGAGAGAGAGAGUGAAGGAGUUGGAAUAGACUGGCAGAGAGAAACGUACAUGUAAAUAUUGUUUGACCGUGUAAGAGAAUGUGUUUUCAUACCUGCAAUACAAGUGUGCAAAGCUUAAGAACAAGAGUUGGUGUAAUGAACUAGAUUGUUAACCCUAAUGUGUACUGCAGAACUUUACAAUGCUGGAAGCUUGAACAGGAGUGGACACUGAUUUUGUAUUUCAUAUAACAAGGUUUAUAAUGUAGGCUGUGCAGUCUUUGAUCUUGUGUGAUUUCUACCUUGGAUCCAUCUUGUUUGAGUCCUGCAUCUUGUGCUCUCAACAUUUUGAUGCAGUCCUGUAAGUAAAUAAGACUCACUCCUGAAAUAAGUUAAUUGACACUGUGUAGUUUGUUACUAAAUGCACAAACAAGAGUAUUGGUUUCUGUAUGACACAAAACUGUUAAUUCUAGUAUGGCUAAAGAAUGGAGAAAUUUUUUUAUUUGGCUCGCCUGUAAAUGUCCAACAGGAAGUGACAGAACACAGUUGUUUAUAAGGCCUCUUUUUUUUUUUUUUUUGUUUUUUUUUUUUUUUUUUUUGAGAGAGAGCGAGUGAAGGAGUUGGAAUAGACUGGCAGAGAGAAACGUACAUGUAAAUAUUGUUUGACCGUGUAAGAGAAUGUGUUUUCAUACCUGCAAUACAAGUGUGCAAAGCUUAAGAACAAGAGUUGGUGUAAUGAACUAGAUUGUUAACCCUAAUGUGUACUGCAGAACUUUACAAUGCUGGAAGCUUGAACAGGAGUGGACACUGAUUUUGUAUUUCAUAUAACAAGGUUUAUAAUGUAGGCUGUGCAGUCUUUGAUCUUGUGUGAUUUCUACCUUGGAUCCAUCUUGUUUGAGUUCUGCAUCUUGUGCUCUCAACAUUUUGAUGCAGUCCUGUAAGUAAAUAAGACUCACUCCUGAAAUAAGUUAAUUGACACUGUGUAGUUUGUUACUAAAUGCACAAACAAGAGUAUUGGUUUCUGUAUGACACAAAACUGUUAAUUCUAGUAUGGCUAAAGAAUGGAGAA